AGCGCAGUGCUGUCUCGCGAGUGUCAUAAAAAGAAAAUCGUAAAAAACUGUAUGAGUAUUGUGUUAAAUAAACUGUAUUUGUUGUCGUCUGUGUUUAUUAUUACGUAAACUAUUGAAUGGGAAAUCGUCAAGGUGCCGGCAGAUCUUCAUCUCGUUUAUACAGAUCCGUCAAGAUAUGAGCAACCAAUCCUGACGCCGGGCUAGCCGACGAAGAUAAUUUGAACCAAUCAAGAUGUCACACCACUUAGUAACAGUUUGCAUGUUCUGCCUCUUAUGUGCAGCACACACAUGCGGGUCACACGUUGAUAUAAAUAAUGAUUUACACACUUACGAGCCAAAACUCCAAAUUGAACAUGCAACGUUUAACCUUGAGAAAAGAAAGAUAGAGUCUAAAUUGCGAUACCACCAGCGACACCAGAAAAUAAGACAGCGAAGGGAAGUCAGAAAUCUCAAUCCAGAAGCGUAUGUCGAACAGAUCUUCAGGAUAUACGGUGAUGCUGGCUCCAUGACGAUGAACAUGACCGGUUUUAAUAAGAUGCUGGAAGGAUUGGAUUUUCAUAAGCUCAUCGAGGGUGGUCUCCAGAAGAUAGAGAAGAAGGAAUAUAUUUAUGGGCAGAGUGGGGCCAAAGAAGACAUCGUCAAUUGUGUUAGCAGCGCAGAACUGGUCACAACAGUCAACACGAGGUUAAAACCUCACGGUCAUGAUCAUGAUCACGAUGACCACGAAACAGAAGACCUCAUUUCUGAGGAAACUUUUCAAGCUAUUUGUCCUAUAUUAUUGUACCAAAAAUUAGCUAAUUCCUCUAUAGAAAGGUACGGAUGCGUGAAAGAAGCAUAUCUAGACAGCAGGCGACAAGAUAACAGAGAGAUUAAACACGUAGAGAAAGAAAACGCGUACUCCAAAAAUAUGUUCGCGGUCUGGCUCUACUCGUCGCUCAGUAUAACAGCGAUCAGCGCCUGUGGACUGUUAGGUGUCGCUGUCAUCCCCAUCAUGCAUAAAACAUAUUACAAUCACCUCCUACAAUUCUUGGUAGCUUUAGCUGUAGGUACCCUGUGUGGGGAUGCAUUAUUACAUUUGAUGCCUCACGCCAUGAGCCCCAUGGAAGAUGACCACGAUAGCGGACACGCCCUUGAAUCAAGGGUAUCCCAUGACGAUGGUAUGUGGAAAGGAUUAGCUGCCAUGCUUGGUGUUGUCUUCUUCUAUUUCAUGGAAAAGGGCUUAACGGUCGUCGUUGAAUGGCGUAAACGUAGGCAAAAGUUGGAGGACGAUAAGCUGCCGUCUAGAGUAAGGGUUUUGAAAGACGAGACAGUUGGAGGCUGUUCAGGGGGAUCGAAGGCACCAAUAACGAACACAACAUCUAAUUCUCUCAUGAAAAUAUUCAAAAGGGACGAAAAGGGUGAUCCCACGACAAAAACGUGUAAACACAAAUAUUCGGAAUAUCCGUAUUGCUAUGACGAGAUCGAUACGGACACUCAUGAUGACCACCAUUUGAGGGACGGUCUGCCCCCAAGUCCGAAAGCGAUUAAAAACCACAACAAUUCGGUGAGUGUCGUGUCAUCGAACGCUCUAAACCCAGAAGGGAAAGAGAACGAGCCGACGGCAAAGGAUUGGCUUCUGAAAGCCGAAUCGACUCCAGCGGUUGUUGAAAUGAAUAAUAUUAAACACAAGGAAGACGGCGCGAAGGAUUUGAAAGAUGGUGACAGCUACACUGUUAUACUCAGGGAGCACUCCCGCGCGCACCACGGCCACUCGCACGCGCACGGACACGUGCACGCGCCGCCCUCCUCCCUGUCCUCCGUCGCCUGGAUGGUCAUCAUGGGGGAUGGAUUGCACAACUUCACGGACGGAAUGGCUAUCGGAGCCGCAUUCGCGUCUAAUAUAGCCGGUGGAUUUUCUACCGCCAUCGCUGUUCUGUGUCACGAGCUGCCGCACGAAUUGGGUGAUUUCGCAGUGCUCUUAAAGGCUGGUAUGUCGGUCAAACGCGCCGUUUGCUACAACGUGCUUUCGUCCGCACUGUGUCUCGCGGGCAUGGUGUGCGGUGUGCUGGCGGGUCACGCUCCAAGCGCGACGAGGUGGCUGUUCGCGGCUGCGGCUGGCAUGUUCCUCUAUAUCGCACUUGUUGAUAUGAUGCCCGAACUAAGCACGUCGCACAGCAAAGAGGGUACACUAUGCCAGUGCAUCCUACAGCUAAUGGGAUUAGCGAGUGGAAUUGGCAUAAUGCUCGUCAUAGCCCUCUACGAGCAUGACUUGAAGAAUUUAUUCGGUUAAUGUGAAAACAGUCCAACUAACCAGUGAUAGUGUUAAGUGUCAAGUGAUUGGAGAUAUGUGUAAAGUGAUGAGUUCCCAUGUAACGGUCAUAUUGAUCGUCGUUGAAUUGAAAAUGUUAAUGGAUUUGUGAUGAACUUAGGUAAAGCUCAAAUUACUUAUUUUCUUAGGCGUCAAACUUAAACAGUUCUAUGAUGAUUUGUACUGUAAUUUUAGAAAUGUCUUCAUAAAUUGAUUUUAUUGAUGUCAAUUCUAUAAUUUUGUAACUCUGUGUUUGAAUUGUAAAACUAUAAAAUUAAAAAUUAUGGUACAAAUUAUUAAAGUUACCUAUUUCUUCUCGAAUAUGCUCCGUAAAUGCUACUUAACCUAACCAUACAUAAUUGAUAUACAUAAAUAUAAUUAUUAAAUAUUAAAAUGGUCUUAAGUUACUAUUAUUAUAUAUAUAAGAUGUUAUGUAUAACAAUAAAUAAAUAGAUUAGCUUCAAAGAGUUACUUUGAUAAAAUUAUGUGUGUUAAUAUUUGCCUCAUGUCCGACAAAAUAUAUAACUGUAUAGAUGAAUACAUUUUCUAGAUUUAAUAUUCGAAAUUUGCCUUUUAAUUAAAUUAAUUUAAAUGUCAAGCAUUGGGUUAAAUACGACUUAUGUGUUAGUUAUAACUUCAUUAGGUAUGAUUUAUCUAUUUUGUAAUGAAUAGAAUGAGAUAUUAUGUUCCUGGUACUGUGGGGUACAUACAUGUACUAGCAAAAAAAGAUACGGAACCGACUAAGUAUAAAAAAUAAGAAAUAAAUGUGACAACCCUACCACAAUAACGAAGAGCAUUUUGGGAAAUUCUAAGGCGAUGGCCCAGUGGCAGAUUCUCUUCUGCUUGACCAAAACAGUUCUCUAUAGGAAGUAACCUCUCCAUACUUUAAAACUGGGUUCCUUUAGUAAAGGUAUUUUCUGUUCUGAACCUGUGAUAGAUUUUACUUUGUCUAUCAAUAAUCACUUAUAAUGCUUAUAUUGAAUAAAUAAAUUUCAGUUUAAUCGAAAAAUAAAGUAAUUGUCUAAAUAUCAACCAACAUUUCCCAUAUUCGUAUAAAACUAGUUGUCGCCGGCGACUUCGCUUGCGUUUUAGGGUUUAGUCGUCUGGUGUUUAGGGUUUUGACCGUAAGCAACAGACAGACAGACGAAGCUUACUUUCGCAUUUAUAAUAUUGAAUUAAAACAGGUUUUGUAUAAUGCUUGAUGUUUCAUUGUAAAUGUAUAUACAAUGGUACAUUAGUAAUUUUUUAAAAGACACUAAGUCACUUUGAUAUAAAUUAAAUAUUACUCUUUGUCAAGAUUAAUGUGCAUGUUUUAUUAAAUGAUGAUUUAUAUAAAAACAAUGACACAAUAAUUUGAACGAGUUUAUAGCUUUGGAGAUUUAUAAGCAUGAUGAAAUGUCUAUUGUUUUGACGAUUCAGGAUUAUUGUUGAUAACAUGCUCAAACGUGCUACAUAGUAUAGAUAUAAUAUGAAUAUAUAGUAGCUUAUGUUAUCCCAAAUAGUAGUCACCGAGUAAUAAUGAUCAAGACUUAUUCGUGUUUAGUAGAAAAUACGUUAAAUUAUGGUACAGCUUGUAGGUCGAAAAAAUAUUGUUUUGACCAUAAAUAUGUGUAAUGUAAAACUAUGCAUACUUGUCUAUGAAUCUUGUUUAAAUAUGACUUUUUAUGAUUUAGACAGAGUCUGGGACACGAGACGGCUACUGUUCUAGCUAAUGUUAGCAUUAUAUAUAUUUCAAUGGUUGCUAUUGAGGAUUCAACCAUACAAUAAAAUGGGUAUUGCAGUUAUGUUUUAAGAAAACAUAUAUCUUCAUUGCACUGUUUGCCUUGGACAGAGCUGGGUUAAGAUUCAUGAGUAACAGUGUCCUGUAGUAAAACUAAUAUAUAUAUAUAUAUAUAAUCUUUUAUAAUUACUUAAACUCGGUGAUCUGCUAACCCGCACAUACCUACAUACAUACCGUAUGCAUCUAAUAAAAUAAAAACAAUGCAAUAUAAUUAAACAACAAAACGAUUAAUAGUUUAUUAUUCUAGAAAAUGUUUUUGUCUAUAUGCAUGUAAAGAAAUAUAUAUAUAAAUAUCGAUUCAACUUUUAAAUUGUUUUUGCACUACACUACUUAUUUGAAUAAUAUAUGUUUAAUAAAGGUAUAUUAUAUGUAUCUUAAAAUGGAAUAAAAUGCUGUAAUUGAAUAUCUUAUAGGAUUUAAUGUACUUCAUACAUUGUCAAAUUUUUUUGAUGACAUGAAAUUGUUUAACGAAUACUUAAUUUCCUUACAUAGUAUAUAUUAAACUAAAUUCUACAAGUUUUUCUAAAUAUUAAUUAGAAGGAUUUAUUAUAAUCGAUGUAUUUGGUUAACUGCAAGAAUUCAUUAAGUUCAAUAAAUUGCGGAGUACUUAUUUUAAUUAUUUAUGUACAUAAUUUACACUAUUAUCAUAUUAUACAGUCAUAUUAUUAAUUUGAAAAAAAACUAUAUAUAAACGAUAUAUUAUGUGUGUAUGGUAUUGAUGUGUAUUGCAGAUAUUUUUGCGAUUAAUGAAUUCUUGCAGUGAGUCAAUAAUAUGAAAUGAAUAAAUACUAUUGAAAAUAAGUUUUUUGUAAUAAUUACAUGUGAAACUGAUAAUAAUUGAUGCUACGAACAGAAUAUCAUACUUAUUCAAUGUAUAUAAUCUUUCACAUACAUACAUAGUAUAUAUAUGAAUAAUUUAUUGCAUUUUCAUCUAUUUUUUUUUAUAUGUGGGCAUUUGAUUCUCACACUUUUUUAAUAUUCGAAAUUUUUGACCUUUAACAAUAAUUCAACUCGGUAAAAAGUAUAUUUGUACUCUAUCAGCGGUCUUCUAAAUCAAUCUAUUCCAUACCAUUAUAACGUAAAAUAAGUAAUAUUAACAAGUAGAUUUUCUAUAUCAAUAUUUUCUAUACUUACUGAAUGUUAGUAAAAUUGUUUUAUAAAAGAAAACAUCGAAAACUUAUGUAUGUAUAAAAAAGUAACCAAUGCUGAUUGUCGUACACUUGUAACCAGAAUUGUUAUCAAAUAUAAUUUAAUUCCAAAUGUUGAACUUGAUAAAAAAAAAAUAUUAUAUAUUUUUAAUGACGGAUGACUUAACUUGAGUUAAGUAAUAUUUGUCUCUAUUAGUUUGCAAGCUUUUGAAACAAUCUCAGUCAGGUGAAAUUGUUCACAGACAUUCGUUUAUAGUACAAACAUACAGUUAAUUCAAUUUUUUUGAGUACAGGGUUUAAAUAAAUACUUAUCUGAAGAUGAUAUAUAUCUUUAGAUAAGCAUUUAUUUAAACCCUGUACUUUAAGAUGUUUUCCUAUGUAUUGGAGAUUAUAUAGACAUCAUUAUCAUCGGUUUAGCUGAUUUGAUAACAUUAUGAUUACAAGUGUGCAGUUAGCCUACCAUUAUAAUCAGAUGAAUGAUAAGUCAAUUGUCUAAUUAUUUUGAUAUAAAAUAAUAUUUAAGCCCCGCUGAGAGAUUGUUUUCUUGACAUGUCCGUUGUUGAAUGUACGAUGUAAGUUAGGAAGCGGUGAAGAAUUUACAAUAAAACAAUAUUAUUGUUUAUUUGCCUACUUUAUGCUAGUUUUGAUUUAAAAAAAAAAUGUUUUUUUUUUUAAAUCCAUACAGCACUUACAAGGUUAUGUCAGCUGUUUAUUUUUGUAGUGAAUAGAGUCGUGAGCGAGAAACGGUUGUCAGAAACUCAUUCUCUCAGCGGACGAACGUUAAAGAAUGAAUGAAUGACUGUCAUCCUAUCAUACCUUGCCCAUCAUUAGCGUUUUAAAAGAUUUUAAACAGUAUUAAGGCAUCGAUUUUGAAUUAUUUUUUAAUAUAAGUUCGAUAAAUAAUUUAUCUCUAUAUGAAUUAUAAUUAGAACAGUGUUACCACAUGUCUAGCAGUUUUUAACACAGUUUAAAGAAUUGUCUUUUUUUUUAUUAAUUAUACAUUUAAUUUAAAUAAGACAAUAGGUGCUAAAUUAAGUUUCUAACAUAAAAAUAUAAAUAUAUCUACGUAACGUUCCUACAUAUAAUUUUUUUUUUGUUUUUAAAAUAGUUGUUAAUUUAAAAAAAAGUCAAUUUUAAUGGAGGCUAAUUUAUCUGUCGACCAUGAAAGAAUAUUAUCCAUGUAUGACUCCAUUUUAAGGCAUUUAAUGUUGAAAAAUGCGUUUAAACAAUAUGGCUGCUUUUACCAACGUCAUUAUUUUAAUUAAGAAUUAAUUGUAUUAAGUGAUUAUAUUAAUGUAUACUUGAUUUAAGCGAUUUAUUUAAGAAUUUCAAUGUUAUUGUGUUCAAUCGCAAAUCAUGAAUGUUUUGAAUGGUCAAAUAUUGACAUCACUGACAAGUCGCGGCUAUUUUGUGAAAUAUUGCCGCCAAAAUUUUGUAUAAAGUUGUCAUAUAAAAAAAAAAUCCCAUGUUACGGAAUUAAUACUCAUUUGGGAUGAAUCAAAAGAUUUUUGUAAUUAAAAAUAAUACGACUUGUCAGUAAUGUGCAAUAGUUUGAGAACGCGUGAAUACGUAAUGCUCUGCGAGCAAGUGUGAUAAUACGGACAUACGGUAAAAAACUAUAUUGUAAUAUAUGGAUUAUUCAUAC